AUGGCUCCAAGCUUAAGCAAGAAUGCGCUAGAUUCAUUAGGGCUUCUUUAUGGUGAACUAACAUCAUCCAUCAUCCUAAAAGGAUCAACUUUUCUUGCUAAUGGCCACCCAAUUCUCACUAAAGUCCCUACAAACAUUAUUGCCACCAUCCCAUCACCAUUUAACACUACAAAUAAGGCACAUAGCACGGCGGGCUGCUUCGUGGGAUUUGAAGUGGACGAGUCCAAAAGCUGGCAUAUGUUGCCUAUCGACAAACUCAGUGGAAUCAGGUUCAUGAGCCUAUUCAGGUUCAAAGUUUGGUGGACCACCCACUGGGUUGGAAAUAAUGGAAAAGACUUGGAGCAUGAGACCCAGAUGCUACUCUUAGACAAAAAUGACUUGGGACGCUCUUAUGUUCUUCUACUUCCAAUCCUGGAGGGACCCUUCAGAGCUUCUCUUCAACUUGGGGUCGAUGAUUACGUGGACUUGUGCCUGGAAAGUGGGUCCUCGCACGUGUGUGGUUCAAGCUUCAGAAGUUGUUUAUACAUGCAUGUCAACGACGAUCCUUAUCGUCUUGUGAAGGAGGCCAUGAAAGUUGUCAGGCUCCAUUUGGGGACAUUUAAACUUCUUGAGGAGAAAACGCCGCCAGGCAUCAUUGAUAAAUUUGGUUGGUGCACUUGGGAUGCAUUUUAUCUUAAAGUUCACCCUGAAGGUGUACGGGAAGGGGUGAAGGGUUUAGUAGAAGGCGGGUGCCCUCCGGGGCUGGUUCUGAUGGAUGACGGGUGGCAGUCCAUUUGCCAUGACGAAGAUCCCAUUACUGAUCAAGAAGGCAUGAACCGAACAAGCGCCGGGGAACAAAUGCCGUGCAGGCUCAUAAAAGUCGAAGAGAAUUACAAAUUCAGGGACUAUAAAAGUUCCAAGGAACCAUCGAAAAAAGGCAUGGGCGCCUUCGUUAGGGACCUAAAAGAAGAGUUUAAGAGCGUCGAGAAUGUGUAUGUAUGGCAUGCGCUGUGUGGGUAUUGGGGCGGCGUUAGACCCAAAAUCCCAGGCCUGCCCGAAUCCAGGCUCAUUACUCCUAAAUUGUCAAAGUGUUUGGAGAUGACUAUGGAAGAUUUGGCUGUGGAUAAGAUAGUGGAGAGUAGAAUUGGACUGGUCCCACCAGAGCGGGUCCACGAGAUGUACGAGGGACUCCAUUCUCAUCUGGAGUCGGCGGCCAUCGAUGGUGUCAAGGUUGAUGUAAUUCAAUUGCUUGAAUUGCUAGCUGAGGACUUCGGUGGUCGAUUUGAGCUUGCUAAAACUUACUACAAGGCACUAACUGCUUCCGUUAGGAAACAUUUCAAAGGAAAUGGUGUGAUUGCCAGUAUGGAGCAUUACAAUGACUUCAUGUAUCUUGGCACAGAGACCAUAUCGCUUGGACGCGUUGGAGAUGAUUUCUGGUGCAAUGAUCCCAAAGGUGUCAGAAAUGGAACGUUUUGGCUACAAAGGUGUCACAUGGUGCAUUGUGCAUAAAAUAGCUUGUGGAUGGGCAACGUCAUACACCCAGAUUGGGACAUGUUCCAGUCUACUCAUCCCUGUGCCGGAUUCCACGCUGCUUUUAGGGCAAAUUCUGGAGGACCAAUUUAUGUGAGUGACUCUGUUGGAAAGGACAAUUUUGAGUUGCUCAGGAGCCUAGUGUUACCUGAUGGAACCAUUUUGCGAUGCCAACACUAUGCUCUUUCCACCAGAGAUUACUUGUUUCAAGAUCCAUUACAUGAUCGGAAAACAAUGCUCAAGAUUUGGAACCUCAACAAAUAUACAGGAGUUUUAGGAGUGUUCAAUUGUCAAGGAGGAGGACGGUGCUCUGUAACAAGAAAAAAUGUUGGUUUCGCCAAGUUUUCAAACACAAUAUCUUGCUUGGCUAGUCCUAAUGAUAUUGAAUGGAACAAUGGAAAGGAUCCGAUGUCUUGUGUGAAUGGAGUGAACGUAUUUUCUGUUUACAUGUUUCAAGAAAACAAGCUGAAGCUUCUGAAAAUUUCGGAUAAAUUGGAGAUUUCCCUUGAGCCAUUUAAUUAUGAGCUGCUUACUGUUUCUCCCGUGAAAGUCCAUCCAAAAAGAUCAAUCCAGUUUGCCCUAAUUGGACUGGUGACCAUGUUGAACUCUGGUGGUGCCAUUCAGUCUCUGGUUUUCGAUGAGGAUGAGAAUGCGGUAAGAAUUGGAGUGAAGGGUUGUGGAGAAAUGAAGGUGUUCGCUUCAGAGAAACCAUUGAUGUGCAAAAUUGAUGCGGUGAGUGUGGAGUUCAGUUAUGAUGAGCAAAUGGUAAUGGUCCAAGUUCCAUGGCCUAACUCUUCCAAAUUAUCCGUGAUUGAAUUCUUGUUUUGA